UCACACAGUUCACAAUUCAUCAAAUUGAAAUUCAGUUCUCUUUUCAUUGUAUUGCGAUCCCGUUGAAUCAAUGGCACGUACGAAGCAAACAGCUAGGAAGUCCACCGGAGGAAAGGCACCAAGGAAGCAGUUGGCCACCAAGGCAGCCAGGAAAUCGGCUCCGGCGACCGGAGGAGUGAAGAAGCCCCACAGGUUCCGUCCCGGAACCGUUGCUCUGAGAGAAAUCAGGAAGUACCAGAAGAGCACUGAGCUUCUGAUCCGUAAGCUGCCUUUCCAGAGGCUGGUGAGGGAGAUUGCCCAGGAUUUCAAGACGGAUCUGAGGUUCCAGAGCUCCGCCGUGGCGGCGCUGCAGGAGGCCGCCGAGGCUUACCUUGUUGGACUGUUCGAGGAUACCAAUUUGUGCGCUAUUCAUGCCAAGAGGGUUACCAUCAUGCCAAAGGAUAUCCAGCUUGCUAGGAGGAUUAGGGGCGAGAGGGCUUAAGAACCCUCUUCUCUAAUUUCCUUGUUCCAGACAGAUUAGGGUAUUUUCUCCUGCUUAUGUUUCUAACUUUAGGUAGUAGGGUUUGUUGUUUUUUCCUGGGAAGCUAAGGGUUUUGGAGAUGGCAUUGAUGAUGUAAAUGUCAAGCAAUUAAUGGUUGGUUCUGUAGAAUCGAAUGAUUAAGAUGGUGAUGUAUUAGUUAAGUGUUGCAGAGAAUGUUGAAUGUUGAAUUAUGAAAGAUAUGCAUUCUUUCAAGUUUCUUUCUGUUGCUUUUUAUUGUUGAUGAGUAUUUGAAGAAGUUAGAUAUCAUUUAAUUGGUAUCUUAUGUAUUGAAUUUGCAAGGUGAUUGUGCUUGUUUGGAUGUCAA